ACUUCAUUGCUGGUCUUCUACCCAAAGAAAAAGUUCAUAGCUAAUCACCUGGAAGUUCACUCAGCCUUGCUAGAGAAACUUAAAAUCUCUUAUUGUUGCUCCCAUUCUCUAAGUCUGCAACACUCUCUGGUACGCAUCGCUUAACAAGCUAGUAAGUUACCAAUUGCUUCCAUGGCCACUCAAGCAACUUCCUCCUCUCCCUCUUCAACUUCUUCAUCAUCUUCUUCUUUUUCUUCUUGCCCUCAAUGGAAAUACGAUGUGUUCCUUAGUUUUUGCGGUGUUGACACCCGAAAGAAUUUCACAGAUCAUCUUUAUACUGCUUUGAAACAAAAGGGUAUUAUCACUUUUCGGGAUGAUGAAAAACUUGAGCGAGGAAAAUAUAUUUCUCGAGAGCUCUUAAAAGCAAUAGAGGAGUCCAAAUAUGCUAUCAUUGUUCUCUCAACAAACUAUGCUUCUUCAAGAUGGUGCUUAAUUGAACUAGCAAAAAUUGUUAAAUGCAAGAAGGAGACCGGAGUGACAGUUUUGCCUGUCUUUUAUCACGUGGAUCCCUCUGAUGUAACGAACCAGAAUGGCAUUCUUGCUGAAGCCUUUGCUAAACAUGAGAAAGAUACCAGGAUUAACACAGAAGAUGUGCAAGCGUGGAAAGCUGCUUUGAAAGACGUGGGUGAUAUAUCUGGAUGGCAUUUGCAUGAUAGGCAUGAAUCAAUAAUUAUACAAAAAAUCGUUGGAAGGAUAUUUAGUGAGUUGUAUCACAAACUCCCAUGUGUUUCUGAGGACCUUGUUGGAAUGGACUCUUGUGUGGAGGAAAUGUUGGAUUCAUGCAUAGGUGAAGGGUUGGGUGGUGUUCGCUUUGUUGGGAUAUGCGGGAUGGGUGGAAUGGGCAAAACAACCCUUGCACAUGAAAUUUAUAGAAGAAUUUCUGGUAACUUUGAAGCUAGAAGCUUUAUUGCUAAUAUUAGAGAAGAAACUAAAAAUCAAGGUCUAGUUUCUUUACAAAAACAACUUCUUUCUAAGACCCUCAUGGAAAGUGAAAUAAAUAUAUGGGAUGUUUGUGAGGGAAUCAAUGUUAUAAGGAAUACACUAUGUAAUAAAAAUGUUUUUAUUAUUCUUGAUGAUGUGGAUGGAGAUAAGCAAUUAGAAGCAUUGGCAGGGAAGCAUGAUUGGUUUGGUCCUGGAAGUAGAAUCAUUGUAACAAGCAGAGAUAGCCAUUUAUUGAAAAGAUGUGGUGUGGAUUACAUAUAUACUGCCAAGGAAUUGAAUAAUGAUGAUGCUUUGCAGCUUUUUAGUUGGAAAGCUUUUCAUAAACCUCAUCCUGAAGAAAAUUAUGUGAAUUUGUCUAAGGACUUUGUGAAUUAUGCUAAAGGCCUUCCUUUAGCUCUUAAAGUUUUAGGUUCUUCAUUGUUUGCUAAAAAAUUGAAAGAAUGGGAAAGCGCCCUAUAUAAACUAAAAAAAGAACCUAAUAAAAACAUUUUGGAUAUACUUCAAAUAAGUUUUGAUGUGCUUACAAAUUCAGAGAAAGGAUUGUUUCUAGAUAUUGCAUGUUUUUUCAACGGAAGGAACAAAGAUUGCAUAAGAGAUAUAUUGGAAAGUUUUUAUUAUUCUCUAGACUACGAUAUUGGUGUUCUUAUGGACAAAUCUCUCAUAACCAUUGACUAUGGAACUUUGCGGAUGCAUGAUUUGCUACAAGAUAUGGGUCAAGAAAUCGUUCGUCGCGAAUCUCCUAAAGAACCUGGUGGACGUAGUAGGUUGUGGAUUUAUGAUGAUGUCAUUCAUGUAUUGAAGAAUAAUUUUGGAACAGAGGCAGUUGAAGGCAUAAUGUUUAACAUACCUAUUCAAAAAGUGGAACACCUGAGUGCUGAAGCCUUCUCAAAGAUGAAAAAUUUGAGAUUGCUUAAAAUUAGUAGUGAGGAACUUCCAGAAGACUUCAUAAAUGGUACUAUGCAACUUCCAAAAGACCUCAUUAGAGGUAAGGUGCAACUUCCACAAGGCCUCAGUUAUCUUUCUAAUGAGUUACGUUUUCUCGAAUGGCAUGGAUAUCAUUUAAAAUGUUUACCAACCAAUUUCCAACUAAGCAAACUUGUUGAAUUGAGAAUGCAUUGUAGUGGCAUCAAACAACUAUGGAACGGAAACAUGAAUUUAGAUGAGUUAAGACUCAUUGACCUAAGUGACUCUCAAAACUUGAUUGAGAUGCCAGACCUUAGUGGAGCCCCAAAGCUCAAGCAAUUGAUUCUUCGACGUUGUACAAGACUAUAUAAGAUUCACACAUCUCUUGGAGAUCUCAAACAGCUUAUUCGAUUGGAUUUGAAUGGUUGCAAAUGUCUCGAAAUCCUUCCUCACAAGAUCAGCUUGGAAGCACUUGAAAUUUUGGAUCUUGGUGGUUGUUCAAGACUGAAGAAAUUUCCAGAAAUUGUAGGAAAUAUGUCACGUUUGUUGAAACUUUGUUUGAGUGAGACAGCUAUUAAAGAUCUACCAUUAUCAGUGGAGCAUUUAACUGGCCUUAUUGAAUUGGAUCUAAGAAACUGUAAAAACCUUUCUAGUCUUUCGAAUGCAUGUUGUUGUUUGAUGUCUCUAAAAAUUCUAACUUUAUCUGGCUGCUCAAAACUUGAUAAAUUACCAGAGAAUUUGGGUAAUAUUGAAGGCCUAGAAAAGCUAGACGUGAGUGGAACUGCUAUAACAGGGCUGCCUUUAUCUGUUGUUCACUUAAAAAAUCUCAAAGUACUAUCUCUCCGUGGAUGUGUGGGACUAUCAUCUAAACCAUUCAAUAAGCUCCUGAGUUUUCCUUUAAUGCAACGAAAAAGAAGUCCUGAUCCCACGGGCAUAUUAGAGUGUUCUUUACAAGGCUUAUGGUCUAUGACGAAACUGGAUUUAAGUUAUUGCAAUAUUCGAGCGAUUCCUGAUAUUCUUGGGUCCUUGUCAUCUUUAAUAGAAUUAAAUGUAGAAGGAAACCAUUUUGUUUGCCUUCCUGAAAGUAUCAGUCAACUAUCUAAUUUGCGGAACCUUUAUUUGGGUGGUUGCACUCAACUUCAAAAAUUGCCCAAGCUUCAAUUAAAUAUGAAUUUAAUCGAUGCAACAGGGUGUACCUCACUGGAAACAUUAUCAUCAAGUCCAGAUUAUGAUUUUCAGAUGAAUAUAAUAUAUCUUUUCAAUUGCGUCAAAUUGAUUUAUAAUCAAGGCAAAGGUGACCUGUUGUCAACAAUUCUAAGACAUUAUAUCAUUAAGGGAUGCUUUGGCUCGGAUUUGUACACAUAUCUCACAAUUCCUGGAAGUGAAAUUCCGAAUUGGUUUAGGCACCAAAAUGUGGGGGCUUCAGUGAAUCUGCAAGUGCCUUCACAUUUAUUAUUAAGUAGCAAAUUUAUGGGAAUUGCAGUGUGCGCUGUUUAUAUAUUCCGCCAGCAUCAUCCACUUCACCAACUUCAUAUUCAAGAUACGGGGUCGCUUAAUUGUUCCGUUAAAGCCAACGGAAGUCCACCUUAUGAAGUGGACCUUUUGUUAUCGGAGGGAUUUGGUAAAAUUGAAUCGUAUCAUCUUUGGGUCGAAUAUUUUCCCUAUAAAAAACACUUCGAAAGACUCUGGAAAGAAGUAUUGGAUGCUAAUGAAUUCACCCAAAUUGAGGUUACAUUUGAAACCUUCGGUCCAGGCUUGGUGGUUACAAAAUGUGGAGCCCAUUUGAUAUUUGAGCAAGACAUUGGAGAUCUCAAACAAACUAAGCCUGGGUCUAGCAGCUGCAUUAUCACUCCUUAUUAUGAGGAUCAUGAUUUGGGCGAUUCAGAGAAAGAUACCAAAAUUAAGGAAAGCGCUGAUGAUGAACCACCACACCCAAAGUGGACAGAGCACCCUAAUCUAAUUGAAAACUGGAUUGGGAAUUCAUGCAUACAAGGACAAGGUGACUCUGAUUGUGAGUGA